UUUCCGGCGACCAGACCCCGCCUCGCACUCACCCACAUCGAAGGACCAACGAAGAUACGCCUGAAGUUGGCCCCGCCUCUUGCACGCAGAGCGCCUGUUUUUUGAAAAUAACGCCUGCCUCAAGUUGUAACACGGAAAGCAAAGUGGUGAAAUUAUUGUCUGACAGCUGGGCAUCAUGAUGUCCAUCACUGAUCCAAAUACGAGUGUCAACUUCACUGGUGCAGUGGAAGAAAUCCAUAACAAGCAGCUCAAAACGUACGAGGAGAUAGUGGACACAACUACAGAGCUGUGCCAGUCCCAUAGACAGUUUGUGAAGUCUGCAGUUGAUACAUGUUUAAAGAAAUGUAAGGAUGACAAGGUGCUGUUUGAGACAAUACAGACAUUCAACAAAGAUUUGCAACUGAAAAAUGCGUCAUUGAAAGAGAAACGUUGCGAUAUUUCUAAAGUGAUAUCUGAGAUUCAGCAGAAGGAGAUGCAGAAAGAUGAUAUUAUUCAGAAGAUAGAACAACUUAAAGAGGAGCAAGCCAAGAGGAAAGAGUUAAUUGAGUCUCAAAAUAAAGCAAAUAAAGCCAGACUGAGAAAUCUCCAGAAAGCCAGACAUGUCUUUCAGGAUCAUUUGGGGAUGGAGAUCCGAGCAGUCCUCUGCAAAACACAGCUGGUUAGAGGUGAAAGAAUGCAGUUUGUUUUCCGGAAUAUCAACCCGUCAGAUCUGGACAGUGUCUUUGUUGUCACAAUGGGCAUUAAAGAAGAUGGAUCUUAUGAGAUUGUGUCUAGUGACCCAAAGCUUGAGUGUUUGCCCGUCUUGGAAAGUCGGCUUCGGGAGACCAAUCACUUACCAGCGUUCUUGGCAAAUGUUAGGAAGGAGUUUAUCGCUCAGGCACGCAGCUAAGAUUGAAACAUUGGAAAUGUAGCUGAUUUCUUGUUGCAAUGUGGACCAAUAUAAACGAGGACUGUAUAUUUAAACUUUGGUUCACAUUCCUCUUAUAAAACUAAAAAUGUAAGUAUGUUUUUAAUUUGUAUCGACAGCCCUACAAACAACACACAAUCAAUGCCACUGUAACGCAUUAUCAGGAGUAAUGCAUGUAUAUGUGGAUAUACAGUACACUUACAGGCAAAAAUAAACAAGCCGUAUUAAAUAUUCUGGUCUUCUAAUCACAUCAUUAACUAUCCAGUCUCAUAUUUUCAGAGCAUGGUGAUAUUCUAAGCCACUUAUUUAGAUGGACAAAAUUGCUCCCUCAACAUGUUUUUCCAAAGUAAGGAGAAAAAAACAAAGCAAUUUACAUUGAUGUAAACAGCUAUUAUUUAUUUGUUACUAACUUUAUUACUCAUGUAAGUCAACCCUAUCCCUGGACUCCAUUUUAACUUGUGUUAAUUCUAUUCAUCUAUUACACAUGUAUUAAAAUCUUGUAAAAUGUCCAGCAGUUGGGCAGCA